UAUAGUGUAAGGGAAUGCGCGUGUGUUGAAUUACGAUACGUAUUCAGUGAAUAUUUUUUAGUUUUCUAUAGCGUCCUUAUUUUUUAAGUUUCAAGACCAUCAUCGUAUGUAUUACAUAAUUAUACGUAAGAGUACAUAAUUGGCAAUUAACAAUGACAAGUGCGGUGGGCACCGUCCAAAUGACCCUCAAAAUGCUUAAGGAGGCCAGCUCCCUGGACUCCGACAAGGCUCAAGCUUUAACCUCCCUUCGACGAUUACAUUUGAAUGAACAAAAAAUGAUAAAAACCAUCAGUAAUAAAGACUUUUGUGAGCUUUGCUCUGUAAUACUGGGAAACCUAACGGAGAAUACUUUGGAUGAUAGAUUGCUGUUGGAGGCACAGCGUACCCUUGAUAUAAUCUUACCUGAAUCCAGAGACAAAAACUUUGAUUUUUUCAAGACAGUUUUACAAAUCAAUCGAAAAAAAAGACUUAAAAUACUCGAAUCUUUGAGCAUUCUUAAAGAUGAAACAGUGGCAACAAUUGUCACGAAAUCAGCAAUUGAUUUUCUUUAUGACUGUUUGGAGUCAAUUCAACCAAAGAGCAUGACUUGGCUGCUACCGGAAAAUGCUGAUAAUUCAUUUGUGAUAAAUACAGCAGACAGAGUUCUCGAUGAAAACGAAGAGUUUGAAGAACGAGUUGUAGACAGAAGCUUAGAACUGUUGUGCAGAAUGUGUGAUUUGUCUUCUUGUGGACUAUCUAUCAAGCAAUUUGAUACGUUUAUCAUGGACAAGGUUGUACUUUUGGCUUUUAUGGGCAACGAGCGGCAAAGAUCUCAAGCCCUUAAGGUACUGCAGCUAGCAACCAAAAACGACCUUGGUACGAGAGUCCGGUCGUUCCAAAAAGAAAUUUGGGAUAAGUUCAAGCAAUCUUUGCAAAACGUGUACUGCAAGCGUAUGACGUUGUUGGUAAACGAAUGUUGCUUGGAGUGGGCCCAGCAAUGGGAGACCAGUAUUGCUCUAGUCGGUACUGAUCUUCACAAAGGCUCCACUCUUGUUAAUAGUUUGUUGAAAGUUGAAGAACUUGCUUUCAAAUCUGGUGAUAUCAAUAGAAAGCAAGCUUUCUUGAGUUGGAAAUGUUUAAUAGAUAAUUUUGCUUUGGAGCCACGCGAAUUAGCAACGGUGCGUCGCAUAAAGCUUCUGUGUGUCCCACUAAACGCAAAAAAUAGCAGAACUGAAGUAAUGGUGCUCACUAAAAUGGAAGUGUGGUGGCACUUGCUGAUUAAAAUAUGUUCUAGUUUAUCUGAAUUUACGGAUACAGUUUUAGUGCCUUUUUUAACUAUAUGUUUUGGACCUUUUGGUGAUAAGCCUCUUUUCGUACAAGUAAACGAUAGUAGUGCAGCUUUAGGAAAAAAAUUUGUUAAGACACAAAUUUUUGCAAUUGAAGCCCUUGCUCAGUUGAUUGUAAACAAUGAUUUGUCAAAAAUUCCAGCUUCCAUUGUUAAUGAAAAUUUGCCCAAUACCGUUAAUAACGCUGUUUUUGAGAAAAUUUACAAAAUACUUAUUUACUGCUUUGGUGAGAGUAUCGUUCUAUUGGGACUUUCGCCAAAUGAUGUUAUUACAAACAAGCCACUUAUGGUUACAAUUAUGUGGGAAAACUUGUUGGCGCGUAUUGAAGGAUAUGAUAAAAUGAAGGUUCCAAUGUACCAAGAGAUUUCCAGUGUUGUUAGUGAAUUGAUUAAACAUCAGUUUAUCAAAAUACCUUUGAUAAGUGAUUUCUUGAUGGAUACUAUUUUGAAAGAUUUUCAUAAAAUUUUAAAGAAUGGGCAAUUCACAGAAAGUGCAUGGCUCGAGCUCAUAAACACAUUUCUGAAAAUUGAUGAUUUUUCACGCUUCACAAAGGAUCAUUGCAUGUCUUUUGAAUUGUUACUCAAUCGUGUGGUGAAACCUUCAAGUGCAAACGCGUACUAUCCGGAAACAUUGGAAUUGAUGCAAGCAGUACUUAAAUCCAUUAGUGAAGCAAAAAAAAACCACGUUGUAUACGACAUUUGGUGCAUCCUCGCUAGAAUAGCACAAAAGUAUAUUGAAGAUGCACAGCCCAUUAAUGAAGGCACCUCGAUAGAAUAUAAUUUCAAAACAAUUGAAAGCAUCACAGCUUUUCCUUUCAUUAGUUGUGUUCCAAACGACAUAUCUUUGAUGAAAAAAGUGGCUGAGGCGUGGUGCAGCUUCUUCAAAGUAUUCGAUUACCAAGCCGAAUUAGUUGUAGUUGUAAAACCAAACGUUGUCUUGGAAAAAACGUCAAAAAUGAUAAUUUCUUCGAUGCAAAAAAAUAGCCAAUGUUGCGACUUUGCGGCCGUUUGCAUUGAUGCGCUACUCGCCGUAGUAAAUUAUGACCAUCUUUCGUCAAAAAAAGAAGUGCCUGAAUUUGUGAAUUUACUAAAGAACUUGACGAUAGAAUGCCUUCGCUCCGAAAGCUUUGCUUCUGAUCAAGUAUUGAAAGCCCUUGCGUCUUUCUUGUUGCGCGUCUUCAGCCACAGUAUAGAAAAGACGGCUCUUUACUUGAAAACCGUUGAGCCAGCCGUGAAAUUAAUGAUCUCGAAAAUCGACCACGUCAGUUUCGGUAGUGAAAUAUUAAAAACUUGGACAGACAUUGUUGGGCUCUUCACGCGUCUUCAAAAAUCCUUGAACGACGAAUUAUUGAGCUGCUACCGACAGACAAUUAUUAUGGCAGCUUGGAAUCCAACUACAGCUGCAGCGACUUUUCCCAUUGCUGACAUAAAUUGUAGCGUAGACGAAAAAACGAGAAACUUCUUUGAGGAGCUCGCCAAAGAGCUAAGUCAAAUAAUGAGUGUCAGUAAAGUUCAGAUAAGCGAUGCUGCCACAUCUAAAAAGAAAACUGCAGUGGUCGGUAGUUUUCUUGGCAGAAAAAUGGCAAGUCCAUCCACCAGAACGCCGGGGAAAGAAAAUUUUGUCAAACCCAAAGUUAUGAACAUUGAACCGGAUUCUCAGGAUUUCGUAGUGAUUAAUUCAGAAGUAAAGCUGGACGUAGGCCGUUUAACAGAGCACCAAAAGGAAAAGCUGAAAAAGCGCAAGGACGACAUACCGGCAAUGUACAACGAACUCACAGUUUCUAAUUCGCAAGACUCGCAACAGCUCCAAGAGUGGUUCGACGCAAAGGCGAAAUCGACGGCCAACCAGAAAAAAGAAGCCACGAACAACAACACGGAGGCUGUGGAAGCUGGAUUGCCAUCAACGUUCAGAAAUAUAACACAGGCUCUGCCUCACGAUCAAGAAAAAGUUGGGGAAAAAACUGUUGCGGUGAGCUGCACGUCUGGUUCGGAGGCUGCAACAUCGAAGGAUGCGGGGGAAUCGUCGUCGGCGACGGUCGCCAAGGAAUCGCCCCAGAGGCAAAGGACAACCAACAGUCCCGAGGCCACCGCCUUGACUUCGUUGUCCAACGUCACCCCCGAAACACCUGACGAGGCUAUUUCUGUCGCUGCGCGUGUGGAGGAGGAGCAGCAACAGCUUCAGAAAAUCUCACCUUCGAUCAUCGAAGGGGUCAAGAUGCGCCGGAAGAACACCGCCGAGGAGUCCGCCGCAGCUGGUACACCAGUGGGUACGGCAGAGAAAAAUCAUAAUCCACGUCGAUCUGGGCAGCUCAAGCGAUUAUCGUUGAAAAAGUUCAACAGUUCGGACCAGUUGCAUCCCCUUGGGGGCAAAAAGCGGCGGAACUCGGACAGCAACUCGGAUGGUGCGCUGAGCAUCGAGCGCGUCAAGAGGCCGAGGAUCACGGAAUCUUUGGAGGUGUGCAAUAGCCUGGACAGCAACAAAUCCGAUGGCGAGGAAAAGAAAAAUCUGCCGAAAAAAACCCUGAUCGAGCUCAACAGGCUACAAAUCGACAUGGUGUUUGAAACUCUGCCGAAUCGGCGUUACAGCGCUGGCAAAGAAACCACCGCGACAGGUGAUAAGAAGCUUAAGGAGGACAAAGUUUUAGCAAAGUACAAGGAAGACAAAGUUGCCACGCCAGCCAAAGCUAAAGAAGUAGCUACACCUAUCAAAGCGAAGGACGACAAAGAUGCUGCUACUACGAUUUCUAAAUUUAAAGAGGGUAAGGGUGCCGCUACACCUUCCAAACUGAGAGAUACUUCGCCCACAAAGUCGGAUAGCAGUCAGCAACAGAAGAUCAAGGUGAAGAGGCACUCUCUCAAGGGAUUUGAUUCGCAGUUACUUCCUAUUUUGAUGAAAUCUGACGCUAACAAACAAAAAGAGUCGACGGCAAACAACAAGGAGAGAAAAGCGGACAGUGCGGAAGGCCCAAACAAUCGUGGAACUCGUAAGUCCUUGCCCGAAACAAUCGAGACUGUCUCUAAAAAGAAGAAUGAAACACAAGUACCAAACUCGCAAGAAGUUGUCGAAAUCGAGUGUGUUUCUGUUGAAGAAGAAAUUGAAACAAACGAGCCAAGUAUUCCUGCCAAAUCCACCGUGUCCGGUAAAGCUUCGAUGGACAUGAAAGCGACUCAAGAUCCAGAUAUCGUGGAAAGUUCGCAGGAGCCAAGUUUUCAUCCGAAAUUCGGUAAAUCGGAGUGUGUGAUAAAAAUAAAGAAAGUGGAAAUGCUUCAGAAGCCCAUUCCUGUGGAAAAAGUGCCUGAAAUAGAGAUCAGUGAAGCGGUGACGGUGAUAAAUAAAAAAAUCAUCGAUGAAACUCCAGCAGAUUCAGAAGAUAAUACGGUAUCAGUUUUCCCAGUCACAGUCGAUGCUAAGAAAACUACUGCGAUAGUGGAGCUGGAAGCAAAAACAGUUGAAAAUAAUAUUGGAAAACCAGCUACUGCGACGAACCCCACGUCAUCACCGAAAGGUUCGACUUCGCGAAUUUUCAAAAAAAAUUUCGCCUUUGGUGGACGUGCCGCUUGGAUGGUUGAUCUUGUCACGAAGCAAUCGGUGGGUGACAAAGUGGGCUCCCCUGAAACUACGAAAUCCGAUUUUAAUCUCACAGACGAGGUAACGAUAGUCCCGUUGAAAAAAGACAAAUCCAUCGCGAAAGAGACCGAGCGAGUUUCAAGCCCGCUCAACAGUCGACAGUCCAAAAUGUUCAGCAACAUGAACAAUUUUAAUAAUCUAAAAGCUCCUGAAAGGUCUUCCUCGCCUUCGAUGGCCAUGUUUUGCAACUUGAAGAAUGACGGCGAACGCAUAUCUCCGAAACUAGAGAAGCAUCUGCAGGCUGGGGACAAUGACAUUAUCAACACACAGAAAGAACUAUUUUCACAAAACGAUACAUCUGACUCUUCGGAAGAUUCUCCCAAGAAAAAGGAGCUGCCCAUCCUGGAGUGGUCCAAUGCCAAUCCACCGUCGCUCACCGCCUCGCCAAGUGCCAGUAUACUGAAAAGAAUGCAAGAAUGCGAACUCGAAACACCUGGCAGUAAGAAAAAACGUGUAAGUUUCGCUGACCCGCCAGUGUCGCGCCAAAUGGGCUAUGAAAUAAUGACAGACACGUCGUCUCCUCCAAGGCUCGAAAAAUUGCCCACAGUUCGCAGUCCUAUUGGAACAAGGAGGUUGAGGCGACGGAUGGAGCGAGAAAUGAACGAAUCCAAUAGUAAUUUGAACCAACCGCCUAGUCCAAAGAUAAAGUUACUAACUAUGCUUGAAAGCCAUGAGAAUGAUGAUAUUUUGAUGGAAGAUCAAGUCAGUAAAAAGCAAAAUAGGCUUGAGGAGGAGCUGCUUUUGGCCUCAGCAGCAUCAGAAAUCAAGGCUAUGGCCAUGACCAAAACUUCCACUCAAACUGAGCUAAACUACUCUCCCGUUAAGCCGGAUUCGAUAAGCAUUUCCAGUAUUUCUCGAAAAUCUACCGAUCGCAGCGUUUCUUUGGAAGAUACCAUAGAUAUCAAUAAUUUGUCUACUAGUCUUAAUUGGUCGUAUGCAGUAACGGCGAAUAAAAAAAUAUUGGCUAGCUUCCAAAAAAAAGAUCAACCAGCCGAUCCGUCGUCAGUCUCUGAUUCAGUAUUCUCGGAUCCAGCGCUUUUGCACGAGUCCCAAAACAGCGUUGCGCAAUUGAACCAACCCGAGGCACUGGACUCGAUGCUGCCAGUCUGCCCUUCCCUGACCUCUUGCAACGAUGCAGUUGACACAAUUAGUGCUGAGUUGGUGGAUCCUAUGUUUGUGGACGACUUGGCAAAGCACUUUUUGAUGAAGUGCAUUCGCACGGUUGGUGAAUUAGCUCAAUUAACCGAGCGUGAGAUCAACAGGUUGCCAAUUGUCAGUCCAAAAGUCGAUAGCGUCAAAAGAGCUUUGUCAAGAUACGAGGAAAAGCUGAGGAUAAAAUCACCAGAAAAGAAGAUAAGGAUUAAAAAUUGUGUAUCCUCAAGUACGCCAAUGGAAAAGAAACGACCUGAAAGAACCAAGUCCAUCGACGAUUCGUUUGAAGAACUUGAGAAAAAAGAGAGCAAUGACUUAGAUUCAUCAUCGUAUGAUUGUAAAAUGAGAGGCUCAAGAGUUUCCAAGAGACUCUCGAUAGACUCUUCAAUUCAAACGAGUCCCGUGAAACGAUCUAAAAAAGAUGACGAAAGAGCGUGCCUUGAUCUAAUGGCGCAGUGCGAUGAUGACAUUCUGUUGAAUCAGCUCGUCAAGAGGUUUGAUUUUCAAAAAGUUCUUCAGGGAUACAACAUCAAAACGGAAGACUUGAUGAGCCUCCUGUCAAAGAACCUCGUUGAAGAAAAUAAGAAGGGCAUUAGCAUUCUAACUCCCAAAUCGGAUGAUCUCAAAGUUAUAUUGGAUAAUACUUCAGUUGAAACAAUAGUAGAACAUGUGAAAUCAAGAGAAGAACUAAAAUCUUCUACAACUUUGUUGAACGUUGUUUUGGAUAACAGUGCUGACAAGAUGUCAAUUCUCAAGAAAAUUUGGGAAAAAUGCGAUCCAAGUGCGAUUGUCGACACGUACAGUGAGUGGGUGAAGUCGGAAAUACUUAACGUGCAAAAAAAAUAAAAAAUGUAUCACAAAUAAUGUGAUGUUGAAAGUGAAACUUUUUUCAAAAUAAGCUGGAAUUUUAUUUUAUUUUUUUUUAUAUGUAUAAUUUUUCUAAUAUAGUUUUAAAGACUGAUGAGAUCGUAAACAGCUAAAAUAGUUGUGUUUUUGUACCACUAACAACUAUUCGUAACUACGAAAUUUUUUAAGCCUGCAUUUUUUAGUGUGAAUUACUUUGAACAUUGCACAAUUUUUUUUGUUCCUAAGAAACCAUGUGUACAUAUUUGUGUAAGAGUAUAAGCUAUGCAGUGAUUAAUUAUGCCUUUGUACAGUGCUUGAAGUUGUCUUUUGUCUUCAAAACUAUCAAAAUUAUUCAAAGAAGUUUNUUUCUUUCU